GCAGAUUACAGGAGGAGUUUCAAGGUUGCGCGCGCUCGCGAACGCGGAAGUGGAGGCGACAUAGAAAAUUGAUUAGACAUUGAAGUUCGUUGUUCGAGCUUUCCUUUUCUCUAAUCGUUAUGGCGAAGCGCGAGCUUUCCAAUACAUUAAGGAACUUGAAGUUCAUGCAAAGGGCGGGUCAGAGAGAGGAGCAUCCUAAGAAAGAGGAAGAAGUAAAGACUGAUGAGAAUUUCUUUCCUUCGAGUACUAUAAUUAGAAAGUGUGUGGUUUUAGUUGAAGGAGAUACUCAUCCAGGCGAUUUUAAAGGUCGAAUGUCAUUCCAAAGCUUUAAUCCUUCAAUUGAUAGACUCAAUGAAGAUGUAGCUAGCUUAGACCAGCAUGAAAUUCCUGGCUCUUCACCUGGAAAUCACUGUGGAAACCUUUCAUCAAGACAAAAAUUUUUGUUCCCCAGAGAUAAUGGAUCUUCACAAAAUGAAGCCUCGUGCUCAAACAGUGAUGAAAAAAAUUGUGAGGCUAAUGAGGAUCUUAAAAGGAAACAAUCUGUAGUAGUUUCUGAUGGACGGCAUCCAACUAAGUUUCCAAGAAGUGGUCGGGACAACCAGCAGUCAUCAUUUAGUCAUGGUAAAGGACCUUCCAAAAAACCAAAGGGUGAAAAGCUGGACUGGAAUGUUCUUAGGCCCUCCAAAACUCCCAAUAAGAGUGGAUAACCUUGUGUAGGAGAUUCCUUAGAUGGGUGGAGAAUUCAGUUCCUAUGCUCUUUAUAUUGAUUUCUUACCAUAUUUUGUAGUUAUAUAGGACUGUUCAGAGUUCCGUGAUCAAUUUAUUGGAAGCGUCAUUUAAUGUCUCUUAUCUAAAACAAAUUAGAUGUUACACAUGUACCACCUCAUUCCAGUUCCUUAAUUUUAUACAUUCCUGUACUCUGAUCAAGAAUGAAGCUCAAUGCUUGGAAUAUUGUCUGUUUUUGUAAGAAACUAGAUAUCUGGAAGAUUCUUUUGUAUUGCAAAUGGAAAAUAGAUUCUACAAACUUAUUUUGUAGCAUGCAAUAAGAGUGGAGCUUUCAUGGUAAUGGUAAUUUUACAGAGGGAGCAGAAUUCAUUUCA